CUCUCUCUCUCUCUCUCACUCAUUCUCUCUCUGUCUGUCUGUCUGUCUGUAGUUAUGGUGUGUUAUUAUGGGAGCUGCUGACCGGAGAGGCUCCUUACAGAGGGAUCGAUGGUCUGGCCGUGGCUUACGGAGUCGCCGUGAACAAGCUGACCCUUCCGAUCCCCUCCACCUGCCCCGAGCCCUUCGCCCAGCUCAUGUCCGAGUGCUGGGAUCAGGAUCCACACCGGCGGCCCAGCUUCUCCUCCAUCCUGCAGCAGCUGACGGCUCUGGAGGAGCAGGUGAAGGACGAGAUGCCGCAGGACUCCUUCCAUUCGCUCCAGGAGGACUGGAAACUCGAGAUCCAGGACAUGUUUGACGAGCUGCGGGCCAAAGAGAAGGAGCUGCGGUGUCGCGAGGAGGAGCUGAAGCGCGCAGCGCUGGAGCAGAAGUCUCACGAGGAGUUCCUGCGUCAGCGCGAGCAGCAGUUAGCGCAGUGGGAGCAAGACGUGUUUGAGCGCGAGCUAUCGCUGCUCAUCCUGCACCUCAACCACAACCAGAAACCCAACGUCAAGAAGCGCAAGGGAACCUUCAAGAAGCACAAGCUGAAGGUGAAGAACGGAGAGAAGAUCAGCAUGCCGCAGGAUUUUAUCCAUAAGAUCACGGUCCAGGCGUCUCCGUGUUUGGAGAAGAGGCGUAACUCUCCGGAUCUGGGCUCUCCGUCCAUCGGUCCGCGCUUCCGAGCGAUACAGCUGAGUCCCAGUGAGAGUAAGUGGAGCUCUGUUUGGCCGCUGGAGUCUCUUCCUCUCAAGCAGACCAACGGCGAGAGGAGAUUCGCUCCUCAUCUGAGCCCCAAAAGCCCCAAGAGUCCAAAGAUCCUCCGUCUGAGCACGCAGGAGAACAGUCUGUCGAUGAGAGCCAAACUCCUGGAGGUGGACAGUAACGAGAGCGAGGACUCCAAAGCUGAUUUUGAGGAGUACAGACCCAUCACACUAGAGUCCAGCCACAACGAGGGCUCCGAGAGCGAGGAGGGUGGCUCGUCCCCGUGCGGUUCUCCCAGACCGGAUCCCCUCGGGCCGCUGUGUCGAGGGAAGAGCACACACCGCGCUCUGCUCAGCAGCGCCGCCCUGCUGGCCUCUGUGGCUCUGGGCCGCUGUGUGGAGCCGCAGCACCCUCCCACUCCACCACCGCGGGCCUCGUCCCGGACACACCUGCCGGAGCCCGAGGCGGUGGGGGAUCUGAUCAGCUUCAGCAUGGACUCGAUGCGGCCGCCGCCGCCUAACCCGCGGGACCGCCGGGCUCCACACGCUAACGGAGACGCCGAGGGGCUGCCGCAGAGCGGGGAGCGCAGGAGGAGGAGCAGCUGCGGACUCAGCUCCUCACAGCUCAUGUUGGAUCUUCCGCUGUGUCCGGACACGUUUGAGGCCGAGGACAAGUCUCCGCUGCCGUUUGCCCUGUAUCCCGACCCUCGCUUGUGGAGCCCUAAAACGCGGCGUCUGGAGGUCAAUAUCGUCCCUCGGCCGCGACCGUCCCCCAACCGCCCCCGCAUCGACCCGUGGAGCUUCGUAUCGGCUGCCAAGACGGUCAUCAGCAGCCCCAGCAGCCCUCGCCUGGCCUACCAGCCCUCGUCCACAAACCCCUUCACAAACUGUGACCUCUUCCCUUCCCCGGACUGCGACCCCUUCCAUCUGAGGGUCGACCCUGCUGUGAACUCGGACCACGCCUCAACCUUUGACCCCUUCUCGGCCCCGUUCCCCACCUCGCGCUCGGCGCCCUGCUCCACCAACGGCAGUCCCAAUCUGUCGCUCAGGGUGGCGCCGCUGAACCCGGCCGACUCGCCACUCAUAGACCUGGCCUGGAUGGGCGGCACCAAAGAGAGGGUCCAUCCUCACCGGAGCCUCGGCCUCAGCCCGUUCAGAUCGCAGGCGCCGCUCAGAGACGACCGCUUCUGAACGCUGUCCCGUAAACCAGGGCCGUGCCAACUCUGGGAACCAAACGCAGGGGAUUUCCAUUUGACGCAGUGUUGUUGAUGUGUCAAAUGCUCGUUUGGGUGAUCUUUCUGUGCUGUCUCAGGGUCUUAUUGGCCUCUAGUUGUGCUUAAAUAGAUCCGCACUUGUUGCAUCGCUUUAAUCAGUCUCAAAAGUGAUGCAGUCGCAUCAGAUUCGUCUCUGUUGGCCAUUAAGGUUGCGUUAUUGUGCAUUCCGAGAGCGUUAUGUGCGGGAGAAUCCGUUACACAUUCCACAUACAGCGGUGGCCAAAAUCAUCAGAACACUAGUAUUCUCAGCAGCUAAAAAUGUGUUUUAGUCAGUUAUUUCUAUCUUUUGCUGUAGUGUGUC